AUGUCCACACUUGAGACUAUAUGCCUUGCCGUUUACAAAUCUUUUCAAGCUUGCAAAACCAGCUCAUUUCAAAUUGUAUACGGAAGCAAGCGUAUUGUUGAUGCACGCGUUCUGUUGGUUCUUGAUUCAUCCUUCAAUCCGCCACAUUGGGGGCAUUAUACGCUCAUUAAAAAGAGCUUACAGUUUUAUAGUGACAGAUCCUCACAUGUUCUUUUGAUGCUGUCUGUUAACAAUGCAGACAAGGCACCACAACCAGCAUUGUUUGAAAAGAGAAUAGAAAUGAUGUGUGUCAUGGCCGAUAUGCUUAAAGCUGAAAGUAUAAAUGCUUCUGUCGGUAUCACGACUCAUGGAAAAUAUGUUGAUAAGUACAAAACUUUGAGAGAAUCGUACUUACCUAUAGGCACCCUCUCAUUUCUUGUGGGAUUUGAUACAAUUACAAGGAUAUUUGAGCCUAAAUACUAUACCCCUCAUUUACUCUCCGAAGCACUCAAUGACUGUAUGAUGUUUUCUGAGUUUUGUUGUCUAACUAGAACAGGUCAACAGAGUGUCAAUGAUCAAAUUGAUUAUGCCAAUCGUAUUUCUAAAGGAGACUAUGAACCAACUAUACCCCGUAGUUGGGGCAAAAAAAUACAUGUUUUGGUGAAUGACAAGAGGUACGAAAAUGUUUCAUCAUCUAAAAUACGCAGGGACAUUCAAAACCACUCCUCCUUAGCCAUAUUGACCAAAGAACUUCCACAACCUAUUAUUAAAUACAUACAAAAUCAGGCAGAACCAAUAUUUAUGUAA